UCCCUCUCGGCUGGUUGGUGCGCCCGGGAGGACGCCGCGCGCCGCCGCCGCCGCUCGCCUGCCCGGGGAAGGGGCUGGCUGCGCAAGGCAAAGCAUGGCUGCCAAGGUGGCUCUAACCAAGAGAGCUGAUCCAGCUGAAUUGAAAACAAUAUUUUUGAAGUAUGCGAGCGUUGAAAAAAAUGGCGAAUUUUACAUGUCUCCUAAUGACUUUGUUAUACGUUUCCUGAAGAUAGCAGGGGAUGGCGUUCCCAAUCCUGCCACAGUUCAGUUGCUUGGAGGUGUGGUGGAUCAGACUAAAGAUGGGUUGAUAUCCUUUCAAGAAUUUGUAGCCUUUGAAUCUGUCCUUUGUGCUCCCGAUGCCCUGUUCAUGGUGGCAUUUCAACUUUUCGACAAAACUGGCAAAGGAGAAGUAACUUUUGAGGAUGUUAAACAGGUUUUUGGUCAAACCACAAUUCACCAGCAUAUUCCCUUUAACUGGAAUUCAGAAUUUGUGCAACUUCAUUUUGGAAAAGAUCAGAAAAGACGCCUAACGUAUGCAGAGUUCACCCAGUUUUUGCUGGAAAUUCAGUUGGAACAUGCAAAACAAGCAUUUGUACAGCGAGAUAACGCUCAAGCUGGAAGAGUCACUGCCAUUGAUUUCAGAGAUAUUAUGGUCACCAUCCGGCCUCAUAUGUUGACGCCUUUUGUUGAAGAGUGUCUAGUAGCUGCUGCUGGAGGUACCACUUCUCAUCAAGUCAGCUUCUCCUAUUUUAAUGGAUUUAAUACCCUUCUUAAUAACAUGGAACUCAUUAGAAAAAUCUAUAGCACACUGGCUGGAAAUAAAAAAGGCGUGGAAGUCACUAAAGAGGAGUUUGUUCUGGCAGCUCAGAAAUUUGGCCAGGUUACGCCCAUGGAAGUUGACAUCUUGUUCCAGUUAGCAGAUUUAUAUGAGCCACGGGGGCGCUUGACUUUAACUGAUAUUGAAAGAAUUGCUCCCCUGGAAGAAGGAACGUUGCCUUACAACCUGGCAGAGGCUCAGAGACAGCGAGCUCCAGGUGAACUGUCUCGGCCAAUUCUUGUCCAGGUAGCAGAAUCUGCCUACAGGUUUGCCCUUGGUUCUAUUGCUGGAGCUGUUGGAGCCACUGCAGUAUAUCCAAUUGAUCUUGUGAAAACCAGAAUGCAGAACCAGCGCUCCACUGGGUCCUUUGUGGGGGAGCUGAUGUACAAGAACAGCUUUGACUGUUUUAAGAAAGUGCUGCGCUAUGAAGGAUUCUUUGGGCUCUACAGAGGUCUUUUGCCACAAUUACUGGGAGUGGCCCCGGAGAAGGCUAUCAAGCUUACUGUAAACGAUUUUGUAAGAGACAAAUGUAUGAACAAAGACGCGUCUGUUCCUUUGGCAGCAGAGAUACUUGCUGGUGGUUGUGCUGGAGCAUCGCAAGUCAUUUUCACCAACCCAUUAGAAAUUGUCAAGAUUCGUUUGCAAGUGGCUGGAGAGAUCACCACUGGGCCACGUGUUAGUGCUCUCACAGUAUUGCGUGACCUGGGGUUUUUUGGCCUGUACAAGGGGGCUAAGGCCUGCUUUCUCCGUGACAUCCCUUUCUCUGCCAUUUAUUUCCCGUGUUAUGCUCACAUGAAAUCUUCGUUUGCAAGUGAAGAUGGGCGGGUGAGCGCUGGAUAUUUGCUUCUAGCUGGAGCAAUAGCUGGCAUGCCCGCAGCGUCCUUAGUGACCCCUGCAGAUGUCAUCAAGACAAGGUUACAGGUGGCAGCCCGUGCAGGUCAAACAACUUACAGCGGCGUCAUAGAUUGCUUUGGCAAGAUCCUACGAGAGGAAGGUCCACGGGCUUUUUGGAAAGGGGCAGGAGCUCGUGUAUUUCGCUCCUCUCCUCAAUUCGGGGUGACCUUGGUGACCUAUGAGCUGCUGCAGAGGUGGUUUUAUAUCGAUUUUGGAGGAGUAAAGCCAGCAGGAUCCGAACCUGUUCCCAAAUCAAGGAUUACUUUACCCGCACCUAACCCUGACCAUGUGGGGGGCUACAAACUUGCCGUUGCCACAUUUGCAGGGAUUGAAAACAAAUUUGGACUUUACUUACCUCGAUUUAAGCCCUCAACAUCUACCUCACAGGCAGCCUCAGUAGUUUGAUCUUAAACUGGCUUUGACCAAAAGCUGGGCAAUGAGCCAUUUGUCUGAUCAGUCUUAAUGUUUUGUACCAUUUGCUUUCUAUCACAACCAAGAUUGUCCGAGCUACAGUUUCUCCUUUUCCUUUUUAAGCAUAAAUACAGGUCUACGUGUUUCCUUUAUCAGAUCACCCUGAAAUUCUUGCUACAGUAGCCAUUCUCUCUCUCUCUCUCUCUCUCUCUCUCUCUCUCUCUCUCUCUCUCUCUCUCUCUCUCUCUCUCUCUCUCUCUCUCUCUCUCUCUUUAUUUUUGGUUUAGGUCCUUGAAUGUAAUUUUUUUUGCUUGCACAUACCUUGGAUCAUGAAUGUACUUAAAGCUAGAGCAGGACAGGCAUUCACAUUUAGUAGAAUGUUGUGCAUUUUCCGGGGUGUACGGCCGUGUUCCUGUAGUAUUUUCUCCUGACGUUUCGCCUGCAUCUGUGGUUGGCAACAGAUCCUUUGAAGAUACCAGCCGCGGAUACAGGCGAAAUGUCAGCAGAAAAUACUAUCGGAACACAGCCGUACAAUCCGGAAAAUCCACAGCAUCCUAGUGAUUCUAGCCACGAAAGCCUUCAUCAAUACAUUUAUAUGUAAUGUUUAUCCUCCUUGGGAAGUUUGGUGGUAGACCAACUGAGAGAAUUAUGAAAAAUGAUUACGCAGCUGAAAAGGCUGUUCCGCCACUGCUGCUGCAUAUUGAGUAUUACAUGGUGUCAUUUAAAUGUAUUUUCAACAGAGAUCAUGGUGCAAGACGCAGAAUGAAGUAGACCAUGUAUGUGUGAAUUGGUUACAUGUUCAAUCUGCUAUCUAUGCUGUAGGCUUCAUGAACACAAGAAGUUUCUGGCACUGCCAGUGUUCUACGCACAUAUGUACGCACAAGUUCAGUUCCUGGAUUGUAUUAUGAAGCUUUUAUGGAGAACGCGUUCUUCUAACGGGAACCAGAUUGACAAAUGUUUAGCAAUUGCAUUCACUUUCUAGGACCAGAACGUUUGGGGAGGCAGGAGUGUUGUUUUUCCAUAAGCUGUGCAAUUUGUGGAAGAACCUCGGAGCAUGUCCUUAUGCAUAAAAUGACAUUUGGAAACCAAGGCCACAAUUCACCAAGCAAUGUAGCUAUACAUUCUCCAUUCUUUUCCAGUACCGUGUGCUCUGGGGCUCUUCUUUAAGGGAGCAGAAAAUGUACUGAAGGGGCCUGACUUGGACUUGCUGAUAUUUGGAUUCUUCUUUUGUGUCAUGCACUUAGACUAAUUGCUGCUUGUUAAAAUAAAUGCAAUAGAGAAAAUCAAUGCACUGUAUUAAUGUUAUCUGCCUUAACUGCCAAAUCGUAAUUGGAAACAAAUGGUGUGAAAAUUCUUAUUAACUUUGUUGAAUUGAAAAGAUUUUUUUAAGAUAACCAGAAUAAAAUGUUUUGCUCAUUUUUGUGA